AUGUUCCGAUCUCAAUCCACAAAGGGCAUGCUUGCCCUAGCAGCCAUGACCCUAAUCACCGGCACAACCGCCAGCCUUGAAACCUGUGAAAGCGGCACCGUCUUCAGCUGCUCAAGCUCCUCCGAAGAGCCAACCUGCUGCUUUAACUCCCCAGGCGGUGCUCUCCUCAUGACUCAAUUCUGGGAUACCAGCCCAUCAACUGGUCCCGACGACUCAUGGACCAUCCACGGAUUGUGGCCCGACAACUGCGACGGCACAUACGAAGCAAGCUGCGACUCGAAGCGCGCUUACACCAACAUCACAGCGAUCCUGAAGGACCAGGACCGCAGCGACCUGGUUGACUACAUGGACGAGUACUGGGUUGAUAUCAACGGGGAUAACGAGGACUUCUGGUCGCACGAGUGGAGCAAGCACGGUACUUGCAUCAACACCAUCGAGCCGAGCUGCUAUUCCGGCUACACGGCGCAGGAGGAAGUCGGUGAUUUCUUCCAGAAGACGGUUGAUCUGUUCAAGAAGUUGGAUACAUACAAGGCACUUGCUGCUGCUGGCAUUACCCCGAGUACUUCCAAGACAUAUACUCUCGCCCAGAUCCAGAAGGCUCUUACUGGUCUGCACGGUGCGGAGGUUUACCUGGGUUGCUCGAGUGGCAAGUUGAACCAGGCUUGGUACUUCUACAACGUCAAGGGCAAUGCGAUUGAUGGAACAUACAAGGCUGUUGAUACGCUCACCACUUCUGGCUGCCCCAAGACUGGCAUCAAGUAUGUGCCCAAGUAA